GUCACACUGGCCAGUCGGUGGUUGAAAGUAGUCAAGUGCAGCAGCGGGCGACGUUUUUUUGCAACCGCUGCGUAAACAAAAUCUGUUGAUAAGAAGUCCCCCCCCCAGCAAACAAUUAACAAUUAAAAACUCGUCGUGCGUGUGUGCAAAACCUCUGUUGUUUAUCCACAAGAAACAAGUGCGAUUUAAAAAAAAAUAAUAAAUAGAUUCAUCCAGCUUACGAAGCUGUGUUUAUUGUGUGAGUGAGUGUGUGUGUGUGUGUGUGUGUGCGUGCGUGCGUGCGCUUGUGUUUGUGCGUCUCGGGCAGCCUAAAAGCGAAGUCGAAGAUAGCCCGAAAACAGAAAACAGAAGUUAUACAUAUAUCUGUCUGUCAACAUAUUUCGCAAGGCCAAAGUCAGCAUAAAACAGUGGCAAAGGGCGCAGCGGGUGAAAAUUUUCACCAAAAAUUAUAAAAGAAAAACAGUUAAGCGAAGAGGAAGAGGAAGCAGCGUACCAGCUUCAAGUAGAGCCCAAACGCAAAAUCUGUCGCAGGUCGAACGUGACGCAUAGGACGACGCAGCCCUAAAGCCAAUCAAAAUAGAAACAGAGUUGAGCUCGUUUUGUGCGAUUCAUGAUGAUGGAGCUGGAGCCGCGCGUGGCCAUAUUGCAGGAUCUGCGCCUACAGACCUUCGACUCGAUACGCUUUGCCUCGUAUCGGACCGCCUCGAAGUUGCGCUACAUACAAAAGUCGACCAAUUUGCAUUUGGUGGACAUUUGGAAUGUGAUCGAGGCGUUCCGUGAGAAUGGCCUGAACACGUUGGAGCCGCAGAGCGAUGUGAGCGUGGCGCGUCUGGAGACGCUCGUCUCCUCGCUCUAUCACAAUCUGAACAAGCGUCUGCCCACCGCACAGCAGGUGCCCGUGGACUCGAAGGCGGGUCUCUUGCUCAACUGGCUGCUGGCUGCCUACACCAGCGACAACUCGGGCAAAAUACGCGUGUUUUCCAUUAAGGUGGCGCUGGCCACCAUGUGCUCCGGCAAGCUGGUGGACAAGCUCAGAUAUAUCUUUUCACAGAUUUCGGAUGGCGCUGGACAGCUGGUUGCCUGGAAGCUGGGUGAAUUUUUGCGUGAGGUAUUGGCGCUGCCGGCGGCUGUUUAUGAGUCGCCCACAUUCCACUAUAAGGACGGGCUGGAGGAGGAGAUAUUUCCGGCCGAGAAUAAGGUCACCGUGAAUGAUUUCAUGGCAACACUUAUGUCCGAACCGGGGCCAUCGUGUCUCGUCUGGCUGCCGUUAUUGCAUCGGCUGGCCACGGUUGAGACAAUUGUGCAUCCGACGAUCUGUUCUGUUUGCCAUAAGGAAAACUUUACCGGAUUUCGUUAUCGUUGUCAGCGGUGUCACGCCUACCAAUUGUGCCAGGAGUGCUUUUGGCAUGGCAAGACAUCACUGAACCAUCAGAACGAUCACGAGGUCAAGGAGUACUCGAGCUACAAGUCGCCCAGCAAACAGAUUGGUCACUCCUUGCGCAAGAGCUUUCGGUGUGUGCCCGAGAAGACGACGCAAGUGUUGCCACGAUUCCCCGACCAGCCCGAAAAGACACUCAAUUUAUCGCACAUUGUGCCGCCAUCGCCGUUACCCUCGCACAAUGGCUUCUCCGAUCCAACGCUAGGCCACUUGCACGGUCCCGGUCCCGGUUCCGGCUCUGGUCCGGGGCCCGGACAUCCGGGCAUCUUUGAUCGUUCCAGUACGCUGGAUUCGCGCGCCACCGGACGCAGCCUGGACACGACCAUGUCCCGCGUAGCGGCCGCCUCGGCCAACGAUGAGGAGCAUCGCCUGAUUGCACGCUAUGCCGCGCGCCUGGCCCAGGAGAAUCGCGCUCCCUCCAACAUGCCCAAUGCGGAGAGCAUCACGCCCAUUGGCACGGAUAAUUCGCGUGCGCAGCGCGAGCUCAUCGCCCAGCUGGAGUCGAAGAACAAGGAGAUAAUGCGCGAAAUCGCGCGCCUGCGCCGCCAGCAGGAGACUGAGCAAAUGGCGCCCGAGAAUCCGGCGCUGAUCAAUGAGCUGCGCGCCCUGCGGCAGCGCAAGGGCGAGUUGGAGGGGCAUUUGGGCGCGCUGCAGGAUUCGCGGCGGCAACUGAUGGAACAGCUGGAGGGCCUGAUGCGCAUGCUCAAGAAUCAACAGACUGCCUCGCCGCGCUCCACGCCCAAUUCCAGUCCACGAUCCGGCAAAUCGCCGCCCAUGCCAGGUGGCACGGCGACAACAUCAGCUGGCGUCCUGGGCACCACGCCGAUGAGCGCCCUGCAUGCCCAGCAGUUGCAACAGCUGCAACAGCAUCCGAUGCUGCGCUCCACACAGCAACAGCUGUUGCAGCAGCAGCAGCAGCAGCAGGCGGCACAGCAAAGUCAAUCCUCGCCGGGCCUCGGCCACGGACCCUUCAGCCAGAGCCAGCUGGAGCAGCUCAACCAGAUCAGCAGCGACAUGCGUAGCGCCUUUGCCGCCAACGGCAGUGCAACCCCGCCGCCCAUAUUGAAUGCCAAUCCCAAUGCCGACGCGGAGCUGAACGCGACUGCCGACAACAUAACGUCGGCCAUUUCGACAAUGGUCAGCGAUCUGAAUGCAGAACAAUUCUUGCCGCCGGCUCGUUUCAUUAUGCCUUUGGGUAAGUCCUUCACGUCGACUCCGUUUCCGUCCUUCGUCGUUGCGACCAACUCUCUACCCUCCCCCCUUUCCUCUAGUUUUUUUUUGAUUUUUUGGUUUUUCUCAACAUUUUCUGUUAUUUUUCUUAUAGAUUAUUUCCCAAAUAGACGGCAUAAGAAAAAUUGCUGCAAAUGUUGAAUGUGCAAUUCAGUUGUUCUUUAUUGUUUAACAUUUUUACUUUCACUACCAAAAAAAAAAAAAAAAAUCAAAAAAAAAAUACCUCUCUCGUAUCCAUACGAACGAAUCCCAUUUCAAGAGUAUCGCCACAUCGAGGGCCGCGAAUCCGUUCCGGCCGGCUGCGGCGACUGCGAUUGUCUGGCUUACGAGGAGAUCUUUCGCACCGACGAGGAUCUUGAGUGCGAGGGUGCUGCCGCUCCUGAAGCUGCCACGCCCCUUUAUACAGAUCCCUUCGAUGAUGAAUUCGAUUAUAAUUUCGGCCAGAGCGAGGAGCAGUCCCAGCUAAAUCGCCUGCUCGCCUAUCGCCACCAUCCCGAGCUCUUUAUCGACGACGACGAGGCCGGGUUUCCGGCACUGCACGAGAUCGGUGAGACAAUCGAUGAGCUGCAGUUGAUAAUGCACGCUUACAUUAUGAAAUAUAGUUUGAAUAUAUAAAAAAACAAAAACAAGAGAAUUGAAAAACAUUUUUGUAGGUUCACGCGUUGUUCAGAUUUUGAUGAAACUCAAUCCUAUAAUCCCGAAUGGAAUGAAAAGGCAAAUGCGAAUAGCCAAUGGCAGGAGCAGUUUGCACAAUGGAGUCUCAAUUCACAAAAUAACUAAAGAAAAAAUAUAUAUAUAAAUGGAAAAUACAAACAAAAAAAAAACAAAAAAACACGCUGUGGAUCCAACGUUGGAACAUAUAUAUAUAUAUAAAUAUAUACACUUAGUGCGGAUCGGCGCUUAGCUUUUUAAAAACUUAACACUUAUGUUGAUCUAGAGCAAUUUAUUUAUUGACUACUUUAGUCUGUACUAUCUUAUAAAGCAUUAUAAUUUAUUUUGGCGGGCAUACACAUAUAUAUAUAUAUAUAUAUAUAUUUAUCCAUAAAUAUAUACUUCUAUACGUAGAUACGUACACAUUGAUUUGUGAACAGGAAAUCUAUGUAACAAAAAUUGAAAAAUUUUAUAAGACUUGCAUUUGAAGUCGCAAUUCUCUUGAAUCUCUAUCGUUAUGUUUAGCUGGAUUUCUUUUUUGAAUGCGCUUUAUUGCACGUUGGAGUUGUGCAACUAUUUAUUACAUAUUUAACAAGAAUGAAAAUCAAACACAUAAUACAAAUACAAAUACAAAUACUAUAUACACAUUUAUGUACUUAGCAACUAGCGACUUGUUGAAAAAAAGAACGUAAAACUAAAAUCAAAUUCUAAAUGCUGAUUCCUUAUACUUCCCCAAAGAGGACAGCAGUACAAUAAAUAUUUAAACAAACACUUUGAUAUACGAUAUAAUAAUAACAUGAAGUACGAAAUCUUUAGCCAGGAACUACGUGAAAUUAUGAACAUAUAUAAUAUGACGCGGACUUUCCAAAGUUUAUACAAUAUUUUGGAUAUUGCAUUUUAUGUUUGAGUUUUAUUUCGAGUUUUGAAAAGUUAUUCGACAUUAAGGUAUCCAAUGUUAUGUCGAUGCUAUUUAAAUUACUAUUAAUAUCAAUUUAUAAUAUGCAUUCAUACAAAAAUGUUAUAAAAUAUAAUCGCAAUGCAUACAACCAGCACAGAAAGAUGAAGAACAAAGAGAUGAUAAACAAAAUCAGACAUUUAUAGACAUUAUACAUAAAUAACCACUGAAUAAUGAAGAAUAUUACAAAAAAAA